AUGUCAUCUGACCAAUCAGGCGAUUAGAAGCCCUUAAUGCAACCAUUUUCGGUCUUGGAUCCUGAGGAAAAGAAGGAAUCAACCUAUAACAGUUCUAAAUUCGAAGGUAAAUGUGUCGAUCCAAGGUUGAUGACAUUUUGCAUCACUAAUUUUGUAAUCAAUGUUGGUAUUUCACAAAUCGCUCCUUUUUAUCCUGGAUUGGCUGCAGACAAGGCUGGUCUGACAUACUCUUAAAUUGGAUUGGUGUUUAGUAUCAAUCCUCUGGGCUCUAUUCUGUUUAGUUUUGUUAUAGGAAGUUUUAUAUAAGUUUGGGGUCGAAAGAAAUGUUUAAUGAUAGCUCUAGUUGUGCAAUCCUCUGUCUAAAUCCUUUUCGGAUGCCUCAAUUUCAUGACAGACAAUAAAGCCUUAUUCUUUUCAAUGUCCCUCAUAUCCAGAUUCUUCUAAGGUAUGAGUAGAUCUGUCUAUUCCACUGUGACAUUUGCUUAUGUACCAAUAUUUUGGCCUGGAGAAUUUUAGAAAAAGUUGGCAAUUAUGGAAACAAUGACUGCAUUGGGAUUGUUGUUUGGACCUAUGAUAGGCAGUGUGUUGAACUAUGCAUUCGGAUAUUCCAUUCCAUUUUUCGUUAUUGCCAUUUUUUUCCUUUGUGCUGAAAUUCCUACUUAUACCCAAUUACCUCCUGAUAGCACUAUGAAGAGUUUUGAAAAAAAGAAGAAACUCCCUAUUGGAAAAGCAUUUACUUCAAUCAAAGUCAUAGUAACAAUAAUGAAUGUCAUGUCCAUCACUGCAGGUUAUACUUACUUCAAUCCAUUCUUUGUUAAUCACAUGCAAUCCUUCGGACUUUCUGAAAAUGUUGCUGCCUUCAUCCUGACAAUUCCCGCUAUUUUCUAUAUUGGUAUGGUUAACAUAAUCCCCAAAAUUGGAAAGCACGUUAAGAAGACUUUCAUGAUGUCUUUGGCUUUGGUGGUAUGCUUUAGUGGAAACAUGUUGGAAGCUCCAUUUUGGGGAGAAGGUAAUACACUAGCAAGUGUUAUUAUUGGGUUGAUAUUGGUUGGUGUUUCACAAUCAUUCUCAAUGAUUCCCAGCAUUCCACAAAUAAGUGAGUUUUUAGCACCUGUUGUGACAGAUCCAUAAUUCAAAAAUAACUUAACUGAUAUGGCAUCUGCCUUAUUUAUCAUGUCAAUGGGUUGUGGCUCUUUGGUAGGCCCAUUGUUGGGAGGAUCAGUGUAUGAUGGAUUUGGUGGUAAUGUCAACCUCACUGGUUCACCCCCUCAAGAGUUAAUAGAUUAAGAAAGAGAAGCCUUCAGAGGAGCCAUGAUUUGCUUAGGAUUGUGGUAAUUAAUUGCAGCAACACUGUUCUUCUUCUUUGGAGACGGAUACAAAGGUUGGAGUGACUGUUGCAGAACCUUAUCAACUGGACAAUAACCACCUUAAGAUGAAGGAUAACAAUUGACUAAACCCUUAAAUGAUGACACCUCAGAUGAUGUGAUGAGUGACAAUGAUACGUUGUCUUCAGAAGCAUCUGUAGGAAAUGAUAAUGAUUUGUUACAAGGACCCCCAAAAAAAACAAUAACAAUAAGAAAAGAAGCUUUAUGA